AAUAAACGUCAAACAAGGUUAUGUUAUGAGUAAAAUUCAAAUUUAAUAAAUAUAUCAACAUUGGGUCUGCUGUAAUAGAUAAUGAUAUAAACAUGCAAAACAAGUAUAAUGAUUUACACCAAUGCACAUCUACAACCCAAUUGAAGAAUAAAAUCAAAGAGAGGUUUUUGAGCACACUGAAAGAAGUACGUAGAAAAAGUGUGGAUGCCAGACGUUUUGCAAGUACUUCAGUUUCGGAGAAAGCUCCAACAAAAAUAUACUCAAUGAAAGAUCUACGAAACACAUUAUCGAAUAAAGAUUUGAAAGAAUUGAUAAGUCCAGAGGAAAUAGACGAAAUCUUCGCUGAAGUGCAGCAAGAAAUAGGAUGGAAGGAGGAAGAAGAAAUUGAUUUACAUCAUGCUGAAAUACAAGCAGUGAUAGAAAAUCUUAUAACCUAUUGUAUAAUUUGUGAUGAAGCAAGUGAAAAGGAGAUAUGCCAGUCCUGUGGAAACAAACAUUUCACUGAAAGUUUAUAAGUAUUUGUAAAACUACCUUUUUCAUUAUAUAUUUGAACUGUUUGACUUGGAUUGAAUGAUGACUGUUGUAGACCAUUAAAUAAAUAAUUAUUUUGUAUAA